CCGCGCUCGGUUAGUUAAGCGCUGUUUGCCAGCCGGUCGAGUCGAGUCGAUAGUCGAUCUGCUGUUCGGGCGAUACGAGAAUCCCAGUCAUGUCCAAGUACUCAAAGCUGGCCCGCGGGCUCUGCGACCUGCUGAUCUGGGUGGCCCUCAGCGUGGCCAGUGUGCUGCUCCACAAGAUGGGGCGUCCCUUCCGGCGCGGCUUCUUCUGUGGCGACGAGACCCUCAGCUAUCCGGCCCGCGACGACACCAUCAGCUCCAAGGUGAUCAUCGCCAUCGUCCUCGGAGUGCCCACCGCAGUGAUCGCAGUGGUGGAGUUGUUUAGGCAGCUGCCCGGUGGGCCGCUUAGAGAGGCGGGCGGCAAGCGGGAUAGCUGCCGGAUCGCCCACCGCCUGGGGGUCCUUUACCGCCAGGUCAUCUUUUACCUGUACGGCCUGGCCAUGGUCACGUUCACCACGAUGCUGACGAAGCUGUGCCUCGGACGCCUGCGACCGCACUUCUUCACCGUGUGCCAGCCCAUGCUGCCGGACGGAAGCAACUGCCAGGACGCCCAGAACCUGGGACGCUACAUAGACAGUUUUACGUGCAGCAACGCUAACAUGACCGACUACCAGUUCAAACAGCUCUACCAGUCCUUCCCCAGUGGCCACGCCAGCAUGGCCAUGUAUGCUAUGCUCUACCUGGCCAUCUACCUGCAGGCGGCGCUCAGUACGCGCGUCUCCAAGCUGCUGAAGCAUCUGCUGCAGUUCCUCUUCGUCAUGUUCGGUUGGUACAUCUCGCUGACACGGAUCAUAGACUAUUACCACCACUGGAGCGACGUCCUGGCGGGGGCGGCAUUGGGCGUGGUGUUCGCCUGGCUGACGAGUGCCUAUGUGGCCGACUUGUUUGCCGGCAAGCGCUGGCCGAAGGCUGGCUACUCGGCCAAUACGCUGCGCAAGCCGCAGGUCUCGCCGAAGAGCUCCACCAAGUCGCAGGCGGGAGGAUCCACGUCGGGAGCGGGUCAGCCGCCCGCCCUGCCGGCCUAUACCUUUGGAACGCUGCCCUACCUGGCGGCACAUCCCGCCCAGGCGCAGGCGCAGUACGCACAGCCCUAUCACAACUACGGCUACGUGCCGUGAGCUCAGUGGCGGAUCCAUUAGCGAAACCUAUCUUAGAAAUGCCCACAAACGUAAACACACUCACAAACUAAGACUUGCACGGAAUUCCUGUUUUGUUGUCUGUAUUCUAGCGAAAUAAAUAUAUUCAAGUACGAUACGAA